CUAAAACCUUAUAACACUUCUCCCACUUUUCCCCUGUGUCUCCUCCCCUCUUUUAAAUUCAUAAGCCUCUACCUAAUUGCCACUUUCUCUGUCCGGUAAGAAAAUGGAUACAUGGAUUCAUAACCGGAGCCUCCUCCUCCCCCUGAAUCUUCUUCUUCUACUAGUCCCCUCAUUGAAUUCAAUAGACACAAGUGAAUCAGAAAGCUGCAAUUUUUUUGAAGGAAGUUGGGUUGAAGAUGAUUCUUACCCACUGUAUGAAGACUGCGAAUUUAUUGACGCCGGGUUGAAUUGCCAGAAGAAUGGCAGAAGUGAUGAGCUUUACCUCAAGUAUAAAUGGCAGCCUACUAAUUGUGACCUUCAAAGGUUUGAUGGGGAAGCUUUUCUACGAAAGUUUAGAGGGAAAAAGAUUAUGUUUGUGGGAGAUUCACUUGGAAGCAACCAGUGGCAGUCGCUGGCCUGCAUUCUACUUUCUACAGCCCCAAAUUCGAACUACACCGUCUCCAGAAAAGUCAAUCGUUCCCAUCUUUCAUUCCCGGACUAUGAGAUGGAUGUUAUAUUCUUGAAAAAUGGGUUUCUGGUGGACCUAGUCGACGAGGAAGUGGGCCGAGUUCUUAAGCUAGAUUCCCUUAACAGGAGCAAACAGUGGGAAGGAGUUGAUAUCUUGAUCUUCAAUAGUUAUCAUUGGUGGAUUCAUACUGGACGUCUCAAAACAUGGGACUAUUUCCAGGUUGGUGAAAAGCUCUACCAUGAAAUGGAUCGUAUGGAUGCCUACAGGAUUGCUUUGACUACUUGGGCUAAUUGGGUUGACUCCAAUGUUGAUCCCUCCAAUACUACAGUGUUCUUUCAAGGAAUUACUGCAGUCCAUUAUAAUGGUAGCGAAUGGGACGAACCAUCGGUGCAAGACUGCAAGUGGCAGAGGAAGCCAAUAGAGGGAUCAAGUUUUCCAGGUAGGAGAUAUGCAGGAGAGGCUGUGAUAAAAGAGGUGUUGGGUAACAUGACAAACACAGUACAUUUGCUAGAUAUAACAUUGAUGACUCAGUUGAGGAAAGAUGGGCAUCCAUCCAUUUAUGCAGGAGUAGGAGUGGACUGUAGCCACUGGUGUGUGCCUGGAGUUCCUGAUGCAUGGAACCAAAUACUUUACUCUCUUUUGAUUUAACAUUAAAUUCUUUGUCUGGCAUCAUAUGUUGGGUCAAGCAGAAUAGAUCAAUAGAACAUUAUUUUCUUGUUUACGAAUCAAAUGUUAAAAAUGAAUAUGAUGAUGAAUUAUUCUAAGUUAUUCUGUAAUGUGUAAUACUCAUUUGAUUAUAAUUAAUGGUGUUUUUAAUUAGA